UUUCGAGGCUUGAAUCCUUCAGUUUUGCCAACCAAUCCAUACGCGCUGUGGAGACGUGCAUAUGUCGACGGCGACAACAAUAAGAUGGAAUAACUAAAGCUGCAUUCAGCUCGUUGCCUGCAUACCCCUGAGGCUGUGGAACUUCACGAUGUUAAACCCUACCCAAUUUCCAGUACAACACACAUUCCCACCGACGUUCAUUUACUCAUCUUCACAUUCUUUUGUACUUGACGUGUUACCACAAACAUGGUUCGCUUCGAAAGCCAUUCCCUUGCAAGUCUCGUUAUUUUCGCAUGUCUCUCGUUUUUAUCAUCUGCGAAUGAUUUGAAUCCCAGCAGCGAAUGUGACAGUGCUGCUCAAAUCACGGUCCUUGUCACGGAAACUGUAUAUGGGUCUAUGGGAGAAGCUACUCACGAACCAAGUCCAUAUGGAUAUUCAGUCCACAGCGCUGCGGUUUCUGAGCACCCGUUCCCAAUCCCAAGCGAGUACUCCUCGUGCUUUGAUCGGAGCAACAAGCCAUACGAAUAUACGUACAGCUCUGGCUACCACUUCUCUGGCGAAACGAAAUGCACCAAGACAACGAGUGUUACGAAGACUGGGAAUAGCUAUGCUCAUAGUACUCCCAUCUACGGCAUGCACAAUACCACAUUGUCAGGAAUAUACCCUACCGGAACUGGACCGCCAAAGAAUUCGACAAACCCGACUCCCGCCCCAUGUGAACCCAAGAUUCAAUUGAAGGGGGUCUCAGAGUACACCUUCAACAAAAAGAAUUCACCGUUCUCAAUUGACAUAGUCUCCUGCUCCAAAUUCAACCAGAACCAAACUGCAGCCUUUGCAAACUUCGAGCCUGUGGUGGAGGGUAUCACUGUUAGCCCUGAUAGAGUCUCGUUCACCGGAUUCUCGAAAGACUACCUUCUUCUCUCAAUAUUUGCUCUCGAUACUUAUGGCUCACCUAUUAUCAAGUCCUAUGAGCUGCAUUUUGGUAGCGUUGAUAUGCCCAUUCUGGUUCUCAACCCAGAUGAUAGUCCAGCCAGCGGGGUUCACGUUGAAGCCAAUGCAACUAUAUACCCAGGCCUUACCGGAUCCUGCACCACAGAUGCCUCCGGCAAAUGUACGCUGCCAAACCUCCCUGGAACAACUAUUAGUCUUGUGGCUAGGACCGGCGAUAAUUCCAUCGCAGUCAACGGGGUUGCACCAACCGCCGUGCAGGUCACCCUGAAGCUCAUCCCAUAUAUCACUCCCAAGCCUGGUGCGAGCCUCGAAGUUGCUAAUGGCACUGAAGGGUGGACUGGUGGAACUCUACAACAGUCCGUAAAGAUCAAGCGUGAUACGACAUUAGUUGUCAACACCAACGGUCAAUUCUUGAUCCAAAAAGCCAGCAACAGCUUCCCUGUGCGCCCAUCCACCAAGAACGUGUAUAUCAAAUACCGCUUCAUCACCUCGGAAGUCCCAGGUGGUUUCUUCGGAACCCAGUUCAACGACUACUACUCCAUAACCAUCCGCUCCGACACGGGCGCCUUUGUCACAAUCACUAACAGCAUGAACGCCCUCGGUCUCGGCGCCUUCGAUGCGAGCGGUGCCACCGACAUAUUCACUCUCUCCCUCCAAGUCCCCACAAAUACUAAAAGCGUCUCCUACGACAUUGGCGUCUCGAAUGUCGCAGACAACCUCUAUGACUCGUCACUCGUCGUCGAGAAAGUCGGUGACGCUGACUGCGACAAAUGCGGGGACUGCGAAUCCUGUCCUACUGAUCCGAUGUGCCAACCAUCUUGCAAGAAUCCCCCACCAAAGAGUUGUGACUUCUAUACUACGUGUGCAGAAGCCCAGUUAGGAUGUGGGGCAGAGGGAUAUCCGGUUAGGUACGGUAGGAAGAAUUGUCUUGCGUUUGAUAGAAAUCGAGCGUUUUUCACGCCCGCAGGUCAGAGCUUUAUAUGGGGUACUAUGAGCUGUCUCCAGCGCGCACUCGUUCCGGCACUAGAAACCUGCAAGGAGUCGUGCGACUCGCUGGCCGCCAAGGCAUUUGCCUCGCAUGCGGGUUGUUAUGUUGAUAAUGGGUUUUGUGGGCUUGGCUGUGGGGAUAUUCUCGCGGUGUUGAUUACGGUGAACACGGAUUUGGUGUCGAAGGAAAGUGGGUCGCAGGUUUUGGAUACGAUGGGGCUUUGCAUCGGGAAGGCUCUGGAAACACUGACGGGAUGCACAGGGGAGGUGGCAUUUGGAGCUGUGAUGGGGUUGACGGCGGAGGUGAGUGUGCCGUUGGCUAUUGCUGUUACGGUUGCGACGAGGUAUUUGGGGUCCAUUGCUGCGGGGUUGAUCUGAGAAGGUUGAUACCCCCCAUACAUAUUGGCAUUGCGGCGGAAUGUAGUAAUACGAUUUGGGACAGGAUUUUAGCAUCCUUGCAACCCUCUUCUUAAUUCAAGGACGAGUUGAAAGCCGCGGUAUCCCUGUCAAUGUUCUUUUGUAGGCCCUCCGAUUCUACAGUCAAAAUCAGUAUCCCUCCUGGAGCUAGCCUAUCAACUUCACUACGUUCAAUUUUAU